AUGGACUCGGAAACACUUGCCAUGAUCGUCCAGUUACAGCUGGAGGACCUGGACGCCCUUAAAGCUCGAUCAAAGGGAAAUGGCCGCGAAACUGAUGCACCUCCAGAUAUCGAGAUUGCCGCGGAGCUCCUUCGAGCUGAGCUGGCUGCUCAAGCCGAACUUAUCUCUGACAAAGCUUUGUGUCAGAGCAUCGCCGAAGCGGUCAUCAAGGAUGGAGAUGCCAUCAAAGAGUGCCUUGGUGCAGGAGAGCAGAGCCAGCCCGACCUAGAGUCCAUCGAGAAUCUUGAUGAUGAGCUCAUCGACAAGCUCAAACUCCUAUAUGUCACCGACCACGAGGAGCAGUAUUGCCAAGAUGUGGAUAUGGAUCUUCCCCAUGCGGAAUCGUCCUCGUGGGCGGCAAGUCGCCAAACGUUAGUCCGCCGCCCCAAGAGAAACUGCAUCAGCUGUGGUGACGAGUUUGAAUUCACCGAUGUCGCCCGCUGCCCCUGCUCCCACGAAUACUGCCGGGGCUGCCUUGGUACCCUUUUCGAGACCUCCACCAUUGACGAGUCGCUAUUCCCUCCUCGCUGCUGCAAGCAGCCCAUCCCGCUCGAGCGCAAUCGAAUCUUUCUAGACUCGGAGCUCGUGGGCCGUUUCAAGGCCAAACGUCUCGAGCUCGAGACUCCCAACCGCAUCUAUUGCCACGACCCCGAGUGCUCCAACUUUGUUCCCCCGCUCUUCAUCGACACAGCCGAGAACAUAGCCACCUGCGUCCGGUGCGAGAAGAAGACGUGCACGACGUGCAAGGGAGAGGCUCAUACUGGCGACUGUCCCGAGGAUCCUGGACUGCAGCAGGUGCUCGCCCUUGCCGCGGAGCAGGGUUGGCAGCGUUGCCACAAUUGCAAGCGGGUUGUCGAGCUUGGAACCGGCUGCUACCACAUGACAUGCCGCUGCGGGGCACAGUUCUGCUACCGCUGUGGCAUUAUAUGGAAGAACUGCCAGUGCCUGCUCUGGGAAGAGCAUCGCCUUGUCGACCGGGCCAGGGUAGUCAUCAACAGGGACCCGCAGACUCGAAUGCUUGAUCCCGCUCAGCAUCUGGAGCGGAUGCGGGCAGCGGCUGCCCAUCUUGUAGCGAACCACGAGUGCGGUCACGCGAGCUGGACAUAUCGAGCAGGUCGCCAUAACUGCGAGGAGUGUGGCGAUACGCUUCGCAAAUUCAUUUACGAGUGCAACCGGUGCAUGAUCAUGGCCUGUUCACGAUGCAGAUUCAACCGGCUGUGA